AUUUUUGGUACAAUAUUGAAAGACAACACUUAUACUACAAAUUGUAGACCAAAAAAUUGUUCUUACCUUAUCUGUAAAUUUGAAUUUUUGGUACAAUAUUGUUACUUUCCUUUGUUCAAUUAUGCGCAUCCUAAAAGCUGUGCAUAUUUAAAUUAGGUCCCCAAAUGUCAAUCCUACUUAAGAAAGCUUCCUAAAGCCUUUUCCCAGGAGUAACUGAAAUGAACUUUUUGAAUUAUAAAUGAAAGCGCGCCAAAAGUCCAGAUAUCGAUAGAUUUCAGUCACAGUUUUCAAAAUAGUAACAGUUUUUUAAAAGUAAAAUUCUAAAAUGUCACUAAGUUAAUUAAAUAACAAAGGCCCUGUUCGUGAUAUAAUUGUAACAAAUUUAUUUUUUUAAGGUGGGAGUGACUAAAUUUGAAAUCAAAACUUAUGUUUACUGAUAUGCUGUACACCGUCUUAUCAAAACCCGUGACAUAUCGUUAAUCCCCCAUCUCCAGCUGACACUGUAACCUCAAAAAUGUUUUGUUUACUUUUGCGGCGGUCUGCAGUUCAUAAUACCUGCAAAUUAAUUUGUAAACAGAUAGAAAAGCCCGCGCUCUACACAUUUAAUAAUGCUCUGCACACUACAAUACCUCGGCGGCAUGGCGAGUUCGAAUGGCAGGAUCCCAAGUCACCUGAUGAAAUAGUAAACAUCACAUACGUGGACAAGGAUGGAAAACGCACCAAGGUUCAAGGCAAAGUGGGUGACAAUGUUUUGUACUUGGCCCAUCGGCAUGGAAUCGAAAUGGAGGGCGCAUGUGAGGCUUCUCUAGCCUGCACCACCUGUCAUGUUUACAUUCAGCAUGACUUUCUUGAGAAGCUUAAAGAAGCCGAGGAAAAGGAAGAUGACUUGCUCGACAUGGCCCCGUUUCUGCGUGAGAAUUCCCGACUUGGUUGUCAAAUAGUCCUGGACAAAAGCAUGGAGGGCAUGGAACUGGAGUUGCCCAAGGCCACCAGAAACUUCUACGUGGACGGCCACAAGCCUAAGCCCCACUAACAUUAUUGUUAUCCUGUUUUAUUAGAAAAUAUAACGACUGUUAAAGUACCACA